GCUAUUAUCUCGUCACAAGCAAGACUAGUUCAAACUUUUGAAAAGCUUUACGGUGACGACGCUCUGACCAAUAGUGCUUUUAUCGAGUACAAAAAGGCUUUGGAAGCCAUUGAUAGGGAAGCAAAAGAUAACUUGGACCCGGCUUAUCAAAAAGCGGUUCUGGAGCCUUUAGCCAGGUUUGCUUCUUAUUUCCCUGAAAUCAAUGAAGCUGUAAAACGUCGUAACAAAAAGCUGCUCGACUACGAUGCACAGCGCUCUAAAGUUAGAAAAUUAAUUGACAAGCCCAGCGAUGACCCACAGAAACUGCCGAGAGCUGAGCAAGAAGCUAACUUAGCAAGGGAAAUGUACGAAAGCAUCAAUACCAUUUUGAUCCAGGAUUUGCCUAAGGUUGUUGAUCUUCGUGUGCCUUAUUUGGAUCCUAUAUUUGAAGCCUUAGUCAAAUCUGAACUGGUCUUCUCUCAGACUGGAUAUGAAAAAAUUGAGGGUAUGAGAAACUUCAUGCCUUCAAAUUACGAAAAUGAUAGUCGAGUUGACGAUGUUCUUCAGCAAAUGCGUGGUUUGACAAUUUGUGAACAUAAGAAAGAAAAGAAGGUCAAGCCUGUCAAAGAAGACGAUUCUCUUCGCUUUUUAUCUCCCAUUGCUCAUCCUUUAGCAGAAGAAAAACUUACAAAAAAGAUCUUCAAAACUGUUAAGAAAGCCAGCAAAGUGAAGCAUCUUCGACGUGGUGUAAAGGAGGUCGGUAAAGCUCUUCGUAAGGGUGAAAAAGGUCUUGUCAUUAUUGCUGGAGAUAUCUCCCCCAUGGAUGUCAUCUCUCAUUUACCUGUUUUAUGUGAGGAUGCCAAUGUUCCUUAUGUGUUUGUCCCAUCCAAGGAACAGUUAGGCGAAGCCAGUGCCACAAAGCGCCCCACUUCUGUUUCUAUGGUUGUGUUUGGUGGCAAAAAUAAGGACGCUAAGUCUGCCGAAGAUUACAAAGACUUGUAUGAAGAAUGCUAUACUAAGGCUAAGGAAUUGGACGAAAAGCUUGUUUAUUAA